AUGAAACGUCCGCCCGUGCCCGUCCAGCAGCAGCCGCCGCCCGCCUCGCAGCCACCCCAACCGUCGGCGUCGUCCGUGCACCCGUCCGGGUUGGGCGUGGAUGACGCACUGUCGGUCAUAAUGGCCGGCCGAACGGGGGCCGUGGUGGGCGGGUCACCGACGACAACGGCACCGGGUAGUGCGGCGGCGGCGGCGGCCGCUGCAGCAGCUGCUGCAGCCGCCGCUGCUGCGGCCGCCGGUGUCAUGCUGGACGAUCUCGACCUGGCCACCCAGCGUAACCUUGCCCUAGCGCGGCUCAAUGCGUCCCCACUUUCGUCGGCCGCCGGCGGCAUUAAUCCAACCCCUUCCAAUGGCAGCUCGGCGGCGGCUGUCGCCGUGGCGGCUGCUGCUGCGGCAGCGGCUGCAGCAGCGGCCGCCAACGGUCCCGACGGUCCGGCCCUGUACGGCCAUCUGUACGGCAAGGAGAUGGGUCUGAUGCGUAAACUUUCCUCCCUCGAUGACUUCCAAUCCGCGACAGCGACCAACCCUUCGUCAGCCGCCAUGCGCACCUACCAACAGCUGCUGCAGUCGGAUGGUCAUCAUCCAUCUGGGGCCGGUGGAGCAGGCGGCACCAACUACAACCAAUCACAACCCCAACAGCAGCAGCAACACGCGCAAGCCAAAUUCAAUGGUGGACAGUUUGGUUACCCACAGGCAAGCGGUUUACUGAAACCCUGCUACGACUAUGGGACACCCCAGCAACAUCAACAGCAAGCGGCCGCAGCAGCCGCCGCUCUAGCCGCCCAACACCAUCAGAUGCAGCCGCCCAAUCAGCCUCCGGGAAACAAUGGCUCCAACAACGGGGUAGGAACGUCGAUCAAGAAAGAGCUCGGAUAUACGGGAGGUGCCGAUCUGUACACACCACCGUUGACACCUUCCUCGAUCGGAAGUGGUGGCUCAAACUCCGGCCAGGGUCCACCGGCCGUUACCGCGCCCUCCACGGUUUCUUCCUCCACUGCGUCCUCCUGUUCGGGGCCAACGUCAGCGCUAUCCUUCAUGAGCAAUCUUUACGGCGAUGCCGGCGGGCACAGUGAAUCCUUCACCAACGGUCCGACAGGUGGCGGUGGUAACAGCUGCAUGCGACCGAACGGUGGGCUAAAAGUGGAUCAGCAGGCCACAAUGUUGACGGCGAUGGGUGGCCGAGGCAGCGGCUCAAUUAUAAAUAGUUUAGCAAAUAGUAGCACCAAGCACGAACCAAAUACAGCGAACGAUGGUGGUGGUGGCGGCGGCGGCGAUCAUCUGCAUCAUCAGCAACAUCUCCAUCCACAAGGGCACGGGCUGGCACAUCACCAUCAGAUGCAGCUCCAUUGCCAGCAGCAUUCGAUGGGCGUCCAGAGUGGUGGGCCAAUGCAUCUGCAACAUCAUCUCGGCGCAAACCAAGGUUCCAGUGGGAAUGCGACCACAACCACGGGGGGGAAUAAUGGGGUGGCAAGCAGCAACGUGACUCCGACACCGCUCAAUGGGCCAGGUAGUGAGGAAGACCACGAUAAGCUGUCAUCGCCGCUGACCGGUACCUCGACGCUAACGUCCGACCUGCACGAUCCGGACAACGAUAGCAACCCGGACGGUUACACGAUCCUGUAA